UAAUAACGGUCUGUGUAAACUGAUGCCCAGGCCGUAGGAGUUCGCAGGAGCUCUGCUCGAACAAGUUAAACCAAGCAAGGGGCAAAGGGCAGCCCUCGAAACAAAAAACUGCUCAAACCAACCAACGCAGAGGAUCGCAAUGGCUCUGCUGGCGCGGAUACUCAAAGCCCGUCUGCGCCCGGCGCCCGAGCGGGGCCCUUGGCAGCCUCGGCCCACGGACGCCAGGCUCCCGGCGAGGGCGCGGGCCGAGGACAAAGGAGCCGGGCGGUCGGGGGCGCCGCGGGCCGGGGGCCGGGCAGGGGGGCCCCGGAGCCUCGCCGCCAUGCCGGGACCCCGGACCCUCGCCAACCUGGUGGAGUUCUUCUGGAAGGACGGCUUCAGCCGCAUCCACGAGAUCCAGCAGAAACACACACGGGAAUAUGGAAAAAUCUUCAAGUCUCACUUUGGUCCUCAGUUUGUAGUAUCUGUUGCAGACCGAGACCUGGUGGCUCAGGUGCUCCGGGCAGAGGGGGCCGCACCCCAGAGAGCCAACAUGGGGUCCUGGCAGGAGUACCGAGACUUACGGGGCAGAUCCACCGGGCUCAUCUCCGCGGAGGGUGAACAGUGGCUCAAGAUGAGAAGUGUGUUGAGACAAAGAAUUCUGAAACCGAAAGAUGUGGCCAUUUUUGCAGGAGAAAUCAACCAAGUUAUUGCUGAUUUAAUUAAAAGAAUCUACUUCCUCAAGAGCCAGGCAGAAGAUGGGGAGACUGUGACCAACAUCAAUGACCUUUUCUUCAAAUAUUCAAUGGAAGGCGUGGCCACCAUUCUUUACGAGCGUCGUCUGGGCUGCCUGGAGAACAGCGUCCCGCAGGCGACCAUGGACUACAUCGAGGCCCUGGGGCUCAUGUUCUGCACGUUCAAGACGUCCAUGUACGCCGGUGCCAUCCCCAGGUGGCUGCGCCCGCUCAUCCCCAAACCCUGGCGGGAGUUCUGCAGGUCCUGGGAUGGACUCUUCAAAUUCAGCCAAAUCCACGUUGACAACAAGCUGAGGGACAUACAGUGCCAAAUGGACCGAGGGGAGAGAGCGAGAGGGGGCCUGCUCACGUACCUCUUCCUCAGCCAGGAGCUGACACGGGAGGAAAUCUACGCCAACCUGACCGAGAUGCUGCUGGCCGGUGUGGACACGACAUCGUUCACGUUGUCCUGGGCAGUGUAUCUCCUCGCGAGGCACCCGGAAGUGCAGCAGACCGUGUACCGGGAGAUAGUGAGGAAUUUGGGGGAAAGGCAUGUUCCCACGGCUGCAGACGUCCCCAAAGUCCCACUGGUCCGAGCUCUGCUUAAGGAAACCUUGAGGCUGUUUCCAGUGCUGCCAGGGAAUGGCCGGGUCACCCAGGAAGACCUGAUUGUUGGCGGGUAUCUGAUUCCCAGAGGCACCCAGCUGGCCCUCUGCCACUAUGCCACCUCCUACGAGGAUGAGAACUUCCCUCGGGCCAAGGAGUUCCGGCCUGAGCGCUGGCUGCGGCCAGGCAACCUGCGCAGGGUUGACAAUUUCGGGUCCAUCCCCUUCGGCUACGGGGCUCGAAGCUGCAUUGGGCGGAGGAUUGCAGAACUGGAGAUCCACCUUCUCGUGAUCCAGUUGCUUCAACGUUUUGAGAUCAAAAUAUCUCCUUGGACUAAAACUGUUCAUGCAAAAACCCAUGGGCUUCUGAUGCCAGAGGAGCCCAUCCACGUGCGUUUUGUUAACAGAAAGUGAGCCUGGCGUUUUCACCCAGCUGCCAGACCGACACACACCAGGUGUUCGUGGGCCACAGAUGAUGGUGGGGGAGAAAAGGAUCCCUUCUGGGGGCUGUCUUGGUUAUAAAUUGGCCUCCUGGUUUCUGGGAGACUGAAAUCUUUAUGCAAAGUAAUGUGAGAAGAUUGCUUUACUUUUGCAUACCAGAGUUGCUUUUUUUUUGGAGAAACAGCUGUUGUGAAGCCAGUGGCACUGAAUUCUCAUGCCUCAUAUGGUAUCUUACCCUUGGACUCACUAUUCACUUACCAUAGUCUCCUCUGCAUGUGGGCCAGGAAAUGUUGGCGUACACAUAGAUUCAGUGCUUGAAUAUACCUUCUCUAAUACUGCAUCCGGGACUGCCCAUUAGGAUACAAUUCCAACUUCUUGUUUUUAAUUUGAAGAGGAAACAUUAAGAGACCUCUGUAGAACAGACCUGUGGUUGCCAGGGGGGAGGGGAGGUGAGGGAGGGAAGGAUUGGGAAUUCGGAAUUAGCUCUAUAGCACAGGGAACUAUAUUCAAUAUCCUGUGAUAAACCAUAAUGGAAAAGAAUAUGAAAAAGAAUGUAUAUAUGUAUAACUGAAUCACUUUGUUACAUAGCAGAAAUUAUCACAACACUGUAAAUGAACUACAAUAAAAUAAAUUAGAAAAAAAAAAAGGAAUGCCUCUCUAAUACCGUAAUUACGGGAAGAAAACACCCAGGCGACAGCAAGCCCCAGAUUUAGAUCCUGCAGCAGGGCUCCGAAUUAAAAGGACCAUAUUCUUAUUAUUUUUCUCCAAACUAAUGUUUCUUUUUCUAGUCAUAGCUCCUAAAGAAGUUGAAUAUUAGUUUUUUGGUUUGAAAGAAAUAAUCAAUAAGAAAUAAAACUCCUGGGGAAGUCAAGAAUAAUCAGGUUUUCUAACCGAAUCUAAGUGCUCAGCAGAUGUAUAAGAACUGAUAAUCUGAGGAUGUGAAAUUUCAUUGCCUACACUGAGAGAAAUGAAUUAAACAAACACUGUGGAAAACAGUGUAACUUUAGAACAUUUUUAUUUCAAGGAAAAAUAAAUAUGUAAAUGGACAUUCUAUAGACAAAAUCAUAUUUUUAUCUUCAUAGUCAUUUUAAAUAUCCAAACUGGAAAUGUGAUCCAGCUGUUGGUGCUGACAUAAGGCUCUGACUGAAUGCCUGGGCGCCUAGGAGCCUUCGAAUGAUCUGUUGCUGCUCAUGCCACCUGUUGGUCGCUAGUAAAAAACACAAUUUUAUAACAUUCUCUCUGUGCCUUCAUGCUUGAGACCUCUUAGUCUCAAUUCCAUAAAUCUCUUUACAUAAUCCUUACCCCCAAAUCACUUUCCUACGAAUAUAUACCAUAAAUCUUUCUUCCCCUCUUUAGUUGGUCAUGCUGCAAAGUAAUCCUUAAAUAAAAUAGAAAUAGUAUCAGUCUCACAUACCGUUUUUGUUUGAGUAUAUAAAGCGUGAUGACGGCAUAACUUUAGUGUGAGUGCUGUAAAAAUAUGUAGAGUUAAAUAUGAAAUUCUGUCAUGAACUGAAAGAAUGUUGGAUUCCUUUGAGUUAGCAGUAUGUAUAUUAAAUUUUAUAAACUAGAUACAAUUUUAUUCUGUUUGAGACUGAAAUUUAAAAAUAUUGAGACUCACCAGGAAACUUGAGGUGAACUCUUAUUCUACAAGGUGACCCUCUAGUGAUGUGUGGCCCUGCCCAGGGAUGGGCACAGCCAGGUGGGUCGCACCUGAGCCAACUUCUUGGUCUUCACGGACAGAGAGAGAGGCAGCCGGACCUCAGGAGCCUCCUGGUGUGACCAGCGGGACGUGCAUGGUACCGACUGUGAAGCAUUCUUGCCAAAGAAAGUGAAAUCGAAUCAGUUAAGUCUCUAGAUCCACCAGUUUAUAGGAAAUACAGGGUAUAGAGGGGCACGUUAAAAUUCCACGCGGAUGCAAUCAGCAAAAUCCAGCCCAUAGCAAAGUCUACAGGACAAAUAACUUUUUUUUUCCCCCAACAAAUAAGUGACAAGAAAAAAGAAAAAGAAGAAGGGGGAACUGUUAUAGAUUAAGAGAUUUAAAGGAUAAUUAGGGAAAUUUGAACAAUGCGUAUUUGAUGAUAUUAAGGAAUUAUUGUUACAUAUUGUUGUUGCAUUAACAAGAGAGAUCUCAUCUCUUGGAGGUAUUCCUUAAAGAUAUAAAUAGGUAAUGUUUAUGGAUGGCAUGUUAUGAUAUCUUGGAUUUGCUUUAAA